CACUACCGUCUUGACCCUCAACCGACUCCUGCUUUCUCUCAUCUCUCUCACCACACGUUCAGGAUUUUUAAAUUUGGUAGUUGAUACGUUGAUAAGAUCGGAAAGAUGCCGUUGAAUUACUCAAAGUGGGAUCGUCUGGAGAUCUCAGACGACUCAGACAUCGAAGGCCAUCCGAACGUCGACCAUCGUUCUCUCGUCAACUGGAAACGACGAGACAUCCACGAAAAACGUGCUCAACGGAACGCCAAAAUCACUUCUCUCAAAUCCAACAUCGCGAUAAACGACGUCCUCCUCCCUCGUCUCCGGUCCAUCACAGAAGACGUACACAACUCCUCUAACACACCAGCCGAGUUCUCUCGGAUCGUUGAGCAACUUCGUACUUCUCCUUCCCCACUCGCCCCUCCUCCACCGGACCCAGCGAUCUUCGGCCCAGAAGCAGCUAAGCAAAGACAGGUACCGUAUGACGAGAUGAUACUUUCGUUAUUGAUGAAAGUAUACGAAGACGCUAAGGAGAAAGGUGUAGCGGCGACUGAUGAUCGGUUAGCUGAGGUGUUGGUUAAGAACUUGAAGGGGCAUGUGGCGAGGCUUGGUGAAGAGCAGGAGAGGUUGAAGAAGGAGUUGGACGGGGAGGAGAGGGAGAAGGAUAAGAAGAUUACGAGUGAGCAUUUGCAUGAUGCUUGGGAUUCGCAUUACGUCCCACCGACACCGGAACCAAAACCAGUAAAAGGCCUCAGCUCAAAACCAAAGACAACAGCUACAGAGACGAAGACCGAUUUCGAAGUUCUGAACACAAAAAGUGUCGAACAAGCCCAAGCCGCUUCUCUCGCUUCCCAAAACCCUCCUCCUCCCACCUCUCCCACCUCCACCACCACCACACCAACUGGAGGAAAUAAUGCAGAUGAUGACGACGACGAACUCCCAGAAAUGACACCCACACUCGAAGAGUUCUCUCACCUCCCACUCCGCGGAUACGAACAAUCCUUCCACUUCAUCCAAUCCCAUCGUGAAGUCUACGUCCCCGGAGCAUCCGACGCUCUCCUCAUAGCCGCCUUCCAAGCUGAACGCGCUAACAACCCUACAUACGCAAAACAAUGCGUUCAUCAAUCUCUCCUCUUGCAAUAUUGUGAGAAACUAGGACCUGACGGUGUAAGGUUGUUUUUUAAGAGGAUGAUGAGUGGGGAUGCGAGAGCAGAUGGUGUUUUUUCGAAAGAUGUGGAAGAUACGUAUGAGCAUGUUCAGAAGAGGGUUAAGGCUCAGAGGGAGGAGGAGAGAGAGAGAGGUGUUGAUGAGAAUGGGGAGACGGAGCAGAUUCAGUUGGUUGUUGAAGGUGCAGAUGGGACAACUCAAAACAUUUCUUUCGUCAUUCCUGACGGUCCACCACCCGAACACCUACAACUCGAAGGACCAGGCACCGAAAGCCUAAACAUCGAAGAAGUGAGAAAGGCGUUACAGAUGAGGUGGGACGUGUAUAAUGGGUUCCCUGAAGAACUCAAAAACGCUCUGAAGAGCCAGAAGUUGGAAGAGGUGAAUAAGGUGUUGGGGAAGAUGAAGGUGAGUGAUGCGGAAAGGGUUGUUGGGCUUUUGGAUAGUGCGGGGAUUUUGAACUUUGCGGAGGGGGGGAUUAGGGAUGAGACGGGGAGGUCGAACUCUAAGGAAGAGGAGGAUGAUGAGGGUGAAGAUGCGGAUGUGGAAGGUGGACCUGAGGAGUCUGAUGAUGAUGAGGUGGAUGAAGAGGAGGAUAAGGACACGAAAGCGUGAAAACUCGGUCCCCGCUUUUUACUUUUUAAAAUUGUUUUUUGGAACGAGUUGUAUCAACAAAAAGGAAUCUUGUAUCAUUUGCUUGCUAGAAUAAA